AUGCCAGCCCAUAUGAUGGCAACGACCACUUGUGGUCAUGGUGGUGCCAAUACGUGCAAUGACGACUCAACAUCAGCUGAUCAAAAGCAAAAAGCAUAUGCUUUUAUGGAUGAAAAGUAUUCUACCACCGGCAUGUCACUAAAGAAUGACCCUGAUAAUACAACACAACAACGACGACGACUUUACUUUGGACGACCGCUCGUUGAAUCAAUAGCUCUCGGUUCCAUAUCACUGGGGAUACUUGCAUUGACGUUUAUUGCAUCCCUUGCAUGUGUAUCGACAUCUUUGAUUGGAUUGGCAGGAUUGCGGUACAAGCAACAGCCGUGUCGUCAUGCCCUUCUUUCCUUAUAUCAUGUAUUGCUAUGGCUUUGUCUUGCGCUGAUUGCAGCUGUUGCCUAUGUGGCAUGUGAUAUUCGAUCGGAGGAUGAUUUGGGGGUUCAAUGGCGGGAAGACCUUGGCUAUCGCGAUCAUCUUUUGCUUCAAUCGACUAUGGCAUGCUGUGGAUACGCACACCCAAUGGAUUAUGCAGCUUAUAAAGGCAUCUGUCGUCCGGAAUCACUUGUGCCCGGCUGUAGCUACAAGCUAUAUCUAUUUCAACAAGCGUUCCUAUCAACGACUCGAAUAGGGUCAUUGACCAUUGUGCCGAUCCAUAUUUUUGUCAUUGUGGUUGCCAGCCUUUAUUCGCACCACGUGGAGCACUUGUUUAGCGUCAGCAAAUCAAUUCGAUCGUCCUCUGGUCCUUUUCCUAAAAGGGAAAAGCGACCAUAUGCUUCAGACCAACAGCAGCAGCUCUAUGAUAUCCCGACAACGAAAUUUGAUGUUCAUUGUCCUGCCUGUGUAGGCUGGUCCCUUUGA